UCGAGAAUAUCCAAAUAUUAGACAUGGCGGAAAAAUCAAACAAAUAGAUUUUUUACGAUCAGUUCAGUAGUUUGCAUAUCAAAAUGCUGAAAGAUAUCCUUGAUGAAAUUGCACGAGUUGAAGCAGAGGUUGCGGAACUCAAUGAAAAGUUAGCUGCUAUAAGGAAUUUUCCCCGGCUAACCCAAGAUAUUUCUGGAGCAGGGGAUGAAGAUGUACAACUGCAGGUUGACACAAACAUUUUGAGGGAAAAAUGUAAACAGAUGAAGGCACAGAUAGACAACCCAAAAGAAGCAGAAUUGAUGUCACUGCCGGACAAUGAAGAGUUACAGUUUCAUGCUUUGAAAGAAGACUUAGUGAGAAAAGCUGCACAGUACCAGGAAUGUUUUGCUUUUCUGAAUGUACAGAGGAAAGAGCUUGUUGAAGAUAUGGAAAGAGAAGAAAAGACAAAUGAAGAAUUAAAAGCAGUAGUGAAAGCUGCUGAAAUGAAACUAGAAGAAACCAUUCAUGAAAAACAUACAAAAUCAGAGGUUGUCCGAAGACUAGAGACAAAGUGUUCAAAACUUGAUAAGGCCAACAGUAAAGCCUGGAAGGAAAUGAGUGCCUUUUUAGAUGAACAUUAUCCUCUUCCUGAUCAAGAUGCAUUUACUAAGGUCAAGAAAAAGGUUCAUGUUGGCGGAGUUGAAGAUGUGAAUCUUAUAAGACUGGAGAAUCUAAAACCGCUGAAAGCUAUUGUUAAGGAAUUGAUGACAGCUUGUGUUGACACACCAAAUGAUCCUUAUAUAGUUACAGACCACCAGUAUUGGCCGCCAUAUGUUGACCUGCUCCUCCAAGUAGAUAUAGCACUGCGACACCCAGAUGACUGGAAACGAGUUAAAUUAAUGCCAUUUCAUUUGUGAUGUCAUAAUAUGUAAACUUGAACCUUAUUUUAACUUGUCUGAUGUUUUAAUUGAUAAGGUAUUAUAAUGUCAGUUUUACAUCAAUGUUAAUUACAGUUUUUGUUAAGGGUAGAUUGUUAGCUCUCCUGAACUUUGUUAAGAGUGAGUUAUUAGUAAAGGUUGGUGGUCUCUCAUCCAUUGUCAAUCACAACAAAUUUGGUCUCUUAGCACCCUGGCACAGAUCUCUCAGUUUUGUUUAAAUGGUUCAGCUUGACCUAUCAUUAGCUGCUUGAUCAUUACAAAACUUGGUCUACAGAUUCUUGCUUGGACCUUUCUCAAGUCUUUUCUCAAUGGUUCUGCCAAGACUCAAGAAGUAUAAAGAAAUUUUAAAAUAGAUGAGGUUUUUUAUGCAAUAUUGUUAAUUUUUGCUAUAUUUUAAGCAAAAAUCGUGACAUUUUACUUAGACAUACCUUUUUGUCUAUGUCGUUUGUGCUAAAAGAAAUUAGUAUUUCUUGGUUACUGUGUUCCUUAAUUAAGGAUGCAAACUAUCCACAGUUCAUGUUUUCUUUUCUACAGCAGCGUUCAAUAAUAGACCUCUUCCCCAAAGAAAACUUCCUCUGAUGUUAAAGAAGGAUUUGUAUGCCCUUUGCUUAAAGACCAAGCUCUUUUUAGCUCAUCUGAUUUUUUGAGAGAAAAAAUGAUGAGUUAUUGUCAUCACUUGGUUGGCGUUGCCUGGUUAAGUUUCAUGUUUAGGUCAGCUUUUCUCCUAAACUAUCAAAGCUAUUGCUUUAAAACUUGCAACACUUGUUCACCAUUAAUAGCUGACUCUGUACAGCAAGAAAAAUAACCCCAUCCUGCUUUUUGCAAGAAUAUGGCCCCUUUUGGACUUAGAAAAUAUAAGAUUUCUUGGUUAAGUUUUAUGUUUAGGUCAAGUUUUCUCCUAAACUAUCAAAGCUAUUGCUUUAAAACUUGCAACACUUGUUCACCAUCAAUAGCUGACUCUGCACAGCAAGAAACAUCACUCCAUCCUGCUUUUUAUAGCCACAUAUGGUUCUGGGAUGAUCUGUGAAUGAACAGAAUUGGAACCACUGCCUUACCCUUGCAUGAUCGUAAGAGGCGACUAAUAGGGUCUUAACCCUUGGUUUUGCAGUAACUCUGUGAUUCCAGCAGGUAUGCAAAUUUUGAUUCCAUACCUCAUGUUUUUAUUUCGAUGUAAAUGAGAUGUGGAACCAAAAUUUGUAUUCCUGUUUGGUGCCAUAUAACCUACCGGUAUGCUGUGUUGGUGCGCCGUAAAACCCAAAUAAAUAAACUACUUUUUGUAAGAAUUAUGGCCCCUUUUGGACUUAGAAAAUACCAGCUUUCUUGGUUAAGUUUUACAUUUAGGUCAACAGCUAAUGCUUUAAAACUUGGAGCAGUUAUUUCCCAUUAAAAGCUGACUCUGCACACUACAUUGCUUUUUGCAAGACGUAUGGCCCCUUUUGGACUUAGAAAAACAGAUUUCUUUGUUAAGUUUUGUGUUUAGGUCAACUUUUCUCCUUAACAGUCAAAGCUAUUGCUUUAAAACUUGCAUCAUAAGCUUACUCUGUACAGCAAAAACAUAACUCCAUCCUGCUUUUUGCAUAAAUUAUGGCUCCUUUGGACAUAGAAAAUAUCAUAAAAACACAUAGGUAGGACAAUAUUUCUGUUAUACAGAGACAAAAAAAUCAGAUGAGCUUCUGCAGCCACAGGGCUGUACUUAUGUUUCCUUUGGUAACAGUGCCAGGCCCCUUCCCUUCUUAGUAAAAAAGAAAACAUGAACCAGUUCAUGUAGUUUCAUGAAAAUUUGGCCAGAGGCAUCGGGCUACAAUGUAUGUCAAAACUAAACAACACAGCUACCAGAGCUAAAAUAGUUAAAAUUUUGAAAAUCUUUGUGUCCAGAGCUGCAAUAUCCACAGCUUAGAUAUUUGGUUAAUAGCAUCGUCUCGUGGGCCUCCACAAAAUUUAUUCAAAUCAUGCCUCUGGGGUCAAAUUUGGCACUGCCCUUGUGUUUACUUGUUGGACAUAGACUUGUGUAGGAAAAAUAUUAAACUUCAAGACCUUGAGCUUAGAUAUUUGGCAUGUAAAUUUGUAUAGUGGUCCUUUACCAUGUCUGUUUAAAUCAUGCCACUAUGGAUCAAGAUCAGAUAAGAUUAAUUUAAUUUGAAAAGAUAGCAAACAAGUUUAACAUAAGCUCAUGUGAGCUUUUGAACUGACUAAAGAAUGACAUAUGGUACAUAUGAUAAAGUUGGCCCAGCCAUUAGUGUUCACUUGUUUUACGUACACUAGAAUUUUUGUAUAAGAAAAACUUAAAAAAUUAAAAGAUCAAGGCUUAGAGCUUAGAUAUCUGUAUUUUGCAUGUAGCAUAGUGUAGGGGCUCUCUUCCAAGUUUGCCCCUUGGGUGACAUUUUACUUCACAUUGAUAAUGUAAAUAUGAUAAUAAUAUGUUGAAUACUGUUGUGCCCUGAAAUGCGUAAAAUUAUGAAUGUUCGUCAUUCUUAUAGAUUUAUCAUAAUUAUUUUAAAAUUACCAUUUGGACUCACUUGGCUCUUAGUGUUUUGUGUCCUACCAGUGGAACACCGGAGGGGACUGUAGGAAAAUGCCCUCCGUCCGUCUGUCCACAAAUCUUAAUCCUGCAAUUACUUGAAAAGUAUAUAUACAUAUUACCUGGAUAGGGCAAUAAGGAACACUAACAAAGUUUUAUACUGUUAGGGGAACAGUGUUGCCAUUGCAAUACUCGGUCACUUGUUAACAUUAUCAUAACGGUUAUCUUGAAAGCAAAGUUUUCCUUAUUUUGCAUUUAUCAUAGUAAUUAUUAUCACUGCUCUUUGUUUUAGUUUAAAACUAUGUUGCUCUUGCACAAGUUCUAGGUUAAGGCCUGCUUUUCUGAAGAUUUCUUGCAACUUGGUGAAUAUGUUCAAUAUCUAAAAAAAGAUUUUGUAGAAAAAAAAACUGUCUUGAUCACAUAAUAUAUUUAUUAUGGCACAACAAAAACAAAGAAAACAAACUUUCUGUACUGUGCUUUUUUUCAUUACUUAACUUUUGUUUCAAGAUGCAUUUUUCUUGCAUACAGGGAUGGGAGUUUCCAGUGUUUCCACAGGUGCUGGAAAACUCUGUGUUCUACCCCAUUGUGUAGGGUGACCCUUGUGCUGUAAACAGUCCGGCACACUUCUUAAAGUGAUUUUUAAAUCACUUUCAUAGAAUAUAUUUCAAAUAUUUUGUUGAUAAAAAUACUUCUCCUACUAAAAAAUUAUCUCCAUUGCACACAGAGGCUCAGAACUGAAGAAAAAGAAUAAGUUUUUUGAAAAUGACUUCAUCACAUUACUGUACAAUGGGUAAAUGACAUCAUAAAUAACUACAUUUUUGCUUUUUAGCUCAUUUGAUUUUUGAAAAAAAUUACACGGUAUUGUCGUCACUUGAUCAUCGGUGUUGUUGUUGGACUAAAUUUUUGUUUAGGUCCACCUUUUCACAAACCCUGUAAGAGCUACAGCUUUGAAACUUUGCACACUUGUUUAUCCACAUUAGGGGACUAUGUAGGCCAAGAUCUAUAACUCUGAUAUGCAUUUUGUUAGAAUUAUGGCCCUAUUUGUACUUAGAAAAUUUUAGUUUCUUGGCUAAAAUUUUUGUGUUUCUUGGUUAAAAAUUUUGUUUAGGUCCACCUUUUCUCAAAAACUAUAAGAGCUACAGAUUUGAAACUUAGCACACUUGUUUAUCAUCAUUAGGGGACUAUGUAGGCCAAGACCCAUAACUUUGAUUUGCAUUUCGUCACAAUUAUGGCCCUUUUUGUACUUAGAAAAUUUAAGUUUAUUGGUUUAAAUUUUUGUUUAGGACACCUUUUCUCAAAAAUUAUAAGAGCUACAGCUUUGAAACUUUGUACACUUGUUUAUCACCAUUAGGGGACUGUGUAGGCAAAGACUCAUAUCUCUGAUGUGCUUUUUGUCAGAAUUAUGGUCCUUUUUAGCUUGACUAUUCGAAGAAUAGGUGAGCUAUCCUACUUGCGUCGGCGUUAGCGUUAGCAUCACACAAAUGUUAAAGUUUGGUUACAGUACAGCUAGCGCGGCACCUUCAAAAACCCUUCGACCCUUGUGGGGAAAAAAACGGGUGUUCAGUUGCGAGGGCCGGACACCCUCGCGGUCACGAUCAUCGCUGAUCGCGAUGACCGGCCGCGAGGAAUUGCAGUGUUCACGCGAGGGACCAUCGCGGUCAACGUUUCAUUUAAAAUUAGAUACUGUAUUUUAAAGUUUAUUGUAGGAAUAGUCGAAUUUAUUUAUCUGUAUUGUAAUUGUUAUAAAAAAAUCGUUAUCAUUACCAUUCUUGUAUUUUUUUUUCAUAUACCUUUAUCACACCUUUCUUUGUAUGGGAAAUGUUGUCAUCUUCAUGUGUCCAAUAUUUUUAUUGUUUCGGUUUUAGUUUUCUUUAACUGACAAUAACACCCUUUUCAGUAAAUUACUGUAUAAACAAUUUUCAACUAAUUAUGUGUAGAGAUGUUUUAUACAUAUCAAGGUGUGACAAGUAGAUGUAUUAGAAUGUUUCUGCGAUCAGUAAUAACAAAAUAACGAUAGUCUUGGGAAACUAUAAUACAUGUAUAUUAGUACUCUCGGGACAUUUUUCUCAAUACUCUAUCUGGGCCAACAUACUUAUGAUUCUUUUUUAAAUCGGUAUCAGCUAACAUGUACAAAUGCUUUCUAGAAGUGUUUAUCAGACGAACAUACAUGUACACACAUAUAUUUAUUUACAUAUAUUGUAUUAUUAGCAAUACGGUAAACACACGCUUCCUUUAUUUUGCAGGUGUAUUUGCACAACACAUGGCGACAAGCGUAUGCAAAAUGUUAAAGUUAAAUUUAUAUAAGUUGAAAACUGUGUUAUCAUACUUAUAAUAACUAUUUGUUAUAAAUCAUUUAACACCAUUCCGAUUUUCUUUGUUUACUGUUUGGCAUGAAAUCAUAUUUUUCUAAAAAGUUACAAGUUAAAAUUAAUAGCUUUAAAAGAUGUUUACUUCUGUUACGAAUGUAUCUGCACAAAUGAUGUUUAGGUACAUUAGUAUAAUUCUGUAUAAACUACAGUAUUUGCUAGGUUAUGAUUUUUAACCAGGUUUUCAACGAAAACCUGAGUUAUUAGAUUGGGGUAGAUGUCGCUCGGGCGGGCGGGUGGCGGCGGCGGCGGCGGCGUCAAACUGGUGUUUCCGGUCAAUAACUUUUGUUUCGGUAAAGAUAUUUGAAUAAAACUUGGUAUGUAUGUAGCUUAUAUCAAGACAAAGGCUGGGAUUGAUUUUGGGGUUUCUGGGGUCAAGGUCAAGGUCACUGUUACUUAAAAUAGAAAAAGGGUUUCCGGUCAAUAACUUUUAUUUCGGUAAAGAUAUUUGAAUAAAACUUGGUAUGUAUGUAGCUUAUAUCAAGACAAAGGCUGGGAUUGAUUUUGGGGUUUCUGGGGUCAAGGUCAAGGUCACUGUUACUUUAAAUAGAAAAAGGAUUUCCGGUCAAUAACUUAACUUAGGAAUGAGCUAUCAUGAUGAAACUUGGUGUAUAGAAAACUUAUAUAAAGUUGUAGCUUGGGAUUGAUUUUGGGGUUUCUGGGAUCAAGGUGAAGGUCAUUGUUACUAAAAAUAGGGUUAGGGUUAGGUUAGGGUUAGGGUUAGCAUAUCUUCUACAUGCAUGGAGGGAUUUUGAUGAAAAUUGGCACAAUUGUUCACCAUCAUGAGACGGAGUGUCAUGCGCAAGAACCAGGUCCCUAGGUCUAAGGUCAAGGUCACACUUAGAGGUCAAAGGAUACAAGAAUGAAAACUUUGUCCGGAGCAUAUCUUCUUCAUGCAUAGAGGGAUUUUGAUGUAACUUGGCACAAUUAUACACCAUCAUGAGACGAAGUGUCUUGCGCAGUUCCCUUCUUUAGAAUUACUUCCCUUUGUUGUUACUAUAAAUAGCUUAUAUUGUAACUUUUUCAUAACUAGACGUAGGGAAAAAUCGAGACCACUUUUCUGUAGUACAACAUGCAUGUUACAUCCAAUUUUUAGGUGUAUUUUGACCAAUCUCUACCUGGUUAGGAUUUCUGUGUGGACUUAAAAAAAAAAAAUUUGUAUUUUUUUUUUUUUUUUUUUUUUUUUUUUUUUAAGAUUAACUUCCCUUAGUUGUUACUAUAAAUAACUUAUAUUGAAACUUUUUUUGUAAUUGACCGUAGGGAAAAACCAAGACCACUUUUCUAUGGUACAACAUAGUUGUUACUUUCUAAUUUUAGGUGUAUUUUAAGGUAUCUCUACCUGGUAAGGAGUUUUUUUGUGGACUUAGAAAAACAAAAGAAUUACAAUGAUUACUAAACAACCACAAAAUUAAAAUUACAUCUGCAAAUACAGGUGCUAGAGUAAAGAAAUUUGCUGUGACGGGCGUAUAUUGUGACAUUCUGGCACUCUUGUUUAUUCUUAUGAAAAGUGUUGAAAACCUGGUUUCGUGGCAUUGCCGCGUUUCUUGUUUAUUUUCAUGUUUAAUAUAUAAAAUCUAUGUAAAACGAAGCCACAUAAUUACUGUGCUUACUAUUAUUCUGUUUCAUUAUUAAAUGACUAUUUCACAAGGGUUAAAAUCAUUUUUAUAUCUUUUAUUAUUAUAUUUUUUUUUGUAAGAGUGUUUUUAAUAUUUUGUUUAGGUAAUAGAUUGCAAGGACUA